AUGCCGCCUCAUUUGCUGAGCGUCGUCGAGAAAGUUCGGGAAGAGCAUAGUCAAAAGCAGAAGCCCAGCCAGAAGAGCCAUACCAGACAGGCCACUUUGGUUCUCUCGGAGGCCAUCCACAGCCCCACAGCGAUACGGCUAAAGGCCACGCCGCAGGUGCUGCGUUUCGUGGCAGAGACUUACGAGUACGUCGUGGACGUGCUGGUCCUUGCUUAUGCUAUCAGUCUUGGCUUCGAGAUCGACUUCAAAACCAGCUAUCGACAAGAGCCCUCCUGGGGUCACACAGUGGAGCUGUCGUUCUGCAUCAUCUUUCUGUGCGACCUUCUCGUGAGGAUGGCUUUGGCCAAGAGGCAGUUUUUUACAGGCAGAGGGCGGUGGUGGAAUCUUCUGGAUACCGUCACCGUGGUCCUGUUUGUUGCGAAGUUCCUGGUGGCCUCGAACAGCUUACUGGAGAAUUUGUCGUCUGCUUUCAGGAUCCUGCGCAUGGUGCGCCUUUUUCGAAUUCUGUGGGCUUUGCGGGUGGGCCUCGCGCAUUCCUCACAACUCCGACAGUUCCGCAUACUGCUGGAAUCUCUGUCGGAAAGUAUGAAUGUUUUAUUUUGGCUUCUGAUCCUGAUUUGUGGCAACGUGUACAUCUUCAGUCUCGUGCUCACGGAGGGUAUUUGGCGGUUGUGUCCGAAUCCUCAGACCGAGCUCAUGUGCCACAAGUUUGGAACUUUGACCAACUCUAUCAUGACCCUUCUCCAGAUACAGUACAGUGGCUUCCUUUGGGGCUCGUUGUGGGACGAAAUCACGACCCUGCCCUGGUUGAUAGAAGCUACCUUUCUCACCUUCGUGGCAGUGUCGCUGCUGGUCUUGGCGAACACCAUCACCAGUUUCAUUUGCAGUCUGCAGACCAUCGUUUCAAAGAGGGAAAGAGAUCUGCUCAUUGACAAGGAGCUGGAAUACAACGAGAAGCUGGUGGAGCAGCUUUACAACAUCUUCCAUGAGCUUGACACGAAUGGCAAUGGCGCGGUCAGCUGGACAGAGUUCCAGCUGGCUCUGCAGGACGAGCGGAUGCACGCGUUCUUGAGCACCUUGGAGCUGGACAUGUCAGAUGCGAAGAAGAUUUUUCAUAUCCUCGCCUCAGAAGAGACAAACGCCAUCGAGGAGUCCGACUUCUUGCUGGGUUGCUUGCGCAUGCGAGGAGGUGCCAGCGGCGUCGACAUGGUCCGGAUCAUAAUGGAACAGGAGUGUCCGGGUCAGAGCUCCACUGCCGAAUCGUCCUAA